AAGAUAACAAUACACACGUACCGUGUACGACUCCAUGUUGAAUGGCUGAGUCGUCUAUACGUAAUUAUGUCAUUGUAUAUUUGAGGACGCCGAUUACGGGAUUCCCUAUGUACACACAUGCUCCUAAAUAAGAUAUCACCUGUCGUCUGCUAGUCAACAUGGCGGUCAUGAGGGUGGAAUACACAGAGGAUGGAUUCGCCAUCAUUACGAUGCAGAACGGUGAAAACAGGCUCAAUCAAAUGUUCGUUGAUGAAAUGAAUAAAAUAUUGGAUGAAAUUGAAAGAAAUAAAGAUGUGAAGGCGGUCAUCACUACCGGAGAAGGGAAGUUCUAUAGCAAUGGCCUUGACCUUCAGUGGAUGCAGUCACAGACAGAGAAUGUUCUCAACGUUUUUAUGAAAGGCAUUAAGGAUUUACAAUAUCGUCUCGUGUAUUUCCCCGUACCAACGGUUGCUCUGAUCAAUGGUCAUUCGUUUGCUGGUGGAGCUUUUAUAGCUAUAACGCAUGACUAUCGCGUGAUGAACUCAAAACGAGGCUGGAUAUGUUGGAAUGAGAUUCACCUUAAACGCCCGCUGGAUCAGGAAGUAUGUAACCUAUUGAGACUUAAAAUCCCCCGGAUGGAAGGCAUUAGGGAAGCUGUCCUGUUCGCCAAGAGGAUUCCAGCCACGAGAGCUAAGGAACUUGGGAUAGUGGACGAGGCGGUUGAGCCAGAGAACCUUCUCAACACCGCCAAACAGAUAGCUCUCCAGGCUCUAGGUCCUUCUGGUAUAGACCGCGAUAUGCUUCAGACCAUGAAGAAAGAUUUGUACCCAUGGAUAAGAGCCGACACAGUAAAUGCUAAGCUUUAAUUGUUAAGUUAAGUGUUUGUGCUAAAAUGAUUCGAUUGAAAUAUAAAUUACAUUUAAUAGCAAUAUCUAUCUAGAGAUUUCGGUCCUUAUGCUCACUCUUUGUAAGUAACAUCAAUUCCGGGUAGAGAUUGAUUUGAUAGUUGUCCGUUGAAUACCAUAUAUAAAAGAUCUAUAUGAUUACAAUGAAAACCAUUCAAUUUUUAUUGGUUACAUUUUAAAGUAAAAUGACGAAAAUAAUAAUGUAUAAAAAAGUACAGGAAUUAGUAGCAUUGUAUAUGACGUCAUGUCCUAAUGACAUCACGUUUGUCAACAAGGCUGUACGCCAUUUGGAUGGGUUACUCGGCACAAUAAUACUGUUUGCUGUUGUUGUGUGUAAAGAUUUCAAAACAAAACUUGAUAUAAAUUAAUUAACAUCAUAUUAUCAACUGCUUUUUUUUGAGUCAGGGUUUAUUUUUUAAUAUUUUAACUACGUAUAUUCAAUUGGUGUAUAUCUAAACUGAGUGAUAUGCAUCGUUGAUUUAUCUACUGCUAUAUUUGAGUGAAAGUAUAACUAAUCAUAUCGAGUGCAAUUUGGAUGAGUGAGAAGCUCAAUUAAUUGACCGUGAGUUUUGAGCGAGUGCAUGUAUAGCAAACAUAUGUAAUUGCUUUGUUGAGCGUGUAUUGUUUCAAUAUUUUAGAGUGAGUGUCUAUCUCAGUAUUGUUAUUAUCUGCUGUUUUUGAGUGAUUUCUGGCUAUUUUUACCGAUGGCAAGUUCUGAGUAAUGGAGUCGUUAAACAGUACCAGCGGCAAUAUUCCAGCUAGUGUACGACCAAAAUGCAACUGAUGCAUGUUUUGAGCCAGUGUCAAGCUAAAUUGAUUUUCUGAAAUCGCGUACAAUGGCCUAAAACGAGGAAAAAGUGAAUGCCUGCAGACGUAUUUCUGUUAAUUUGGGGGUUAGACGUCUUCGCAAUAGACGCAUUAAACAUAAUGUCAUGAAUUGAGAAAUAUUGCAAUGUUCCAUGUAUUAUGUUUUAUAUUAUAAAAUAUUGUUUUAAUGUACGGAUGUGUUACAUGAAUACAAUAUCAUAAUAUUUCAUUCUGACUGGUGAUGAGACAUUGCUCAAGAUGUAGGUCAGAUAUAAAACAGUGUCGGACACAUUUUGAUUAGCUGAAGAUAUCGUUGUAAGCAUUCGAAGAUUUUUGCUUUGCAGAGCCAUACAUGAACCAAAGAAAUCCAAAGCUAUUCCAAGAAUCUAAUAAGAUAUUUUGUACUUACCACCGUACCGUCGAAGUGCGAAAUAUAGCAAGAUAACCAAACGUGGUCCUAGAGGUUUGAUUGUAAUGUACAUUUGUAUAUUAAACAGAUUAACACCAACACAUGUAUUUUGGAGUUUA